CCUUUUUCGUUGGUCUAAUCGCGGCAACUCCCUGGUCAUUACACUGUUUUCAAAAUGGCUGACACAAUGGAGACAGUUCCAUCAAGCAGUUCAGGUGAUAAUCUCAAUACCAACGCCCAGAUGACCCCUGAUGGCUCCCCAGAAAAAGGCAAAAGCAAUGGUCAUGUUGCUGCCGACGAAAUGACCUCCAAAGAUUAUUACUUUGAUUCGUAUGCUCACUUUGGUAUUCAUGAGGAAAUGCUGAAGGAUGAAGUCAGAACACUGACCUACAGAAACUCCAUGUACUACAACAAGCAUCUGUUCAAAGACAAAGUGGUGCUGGAUGUUGGUUGUGGCACAGGCAUUUUGUGCAUGUUUGCUGCCAAGGCUGGGGCCAAGCGUGUGAUUGGGAUUGAGUGCUCAAGUAUUAUAGACUAUGGGGAGAAGAUUGUUGCUGCCAACAAACUUGACCAUGUUAUCAGUCUAGUCCGUGGAAAAGUGGAGGAGGUCACCCUUCCAGCUGAUGUUGACAAGGUGGAUAUUAUCAUCUCGGAGUGGAUGGGCUACUGUCUUUUCUACGAGUCCAUGUUGAACACAGUCAUCUUUGCCCGCGACAAAUGGCUGAGACCAGAUGGCUUGAUUUUCCCAGACAGGGCUACAUUGUAUGUGACUGCUAUUGAAGACAGACAGUACAAGGAUGAGAAAAUUAAUUGGUGGGACAAUGUCUACGGCUUUGACAUGAGCUGUAUACGAGAUGUGGCUGUAAGAGAGCCAUUGGUAGAUGUAGUGGACCCCAAGCAGGUGGUCACUAAUUCUUUCCUGGUCAAGGAAGUGGAUAUUUACACAGUGAAGGAAGGAGACAUCGCCUUCAGCACUCCGUUUCACCUGACCUGUCGCCGCAAUGACUACCUCCAUGCAUUGGUUACGUUCUUCAACAUUGAGUUCACAAAAUGCCACAAGCGCACUGGUUUCUCCACAUCUCCCGACGCUCCUUACACCCACUGGAAGCAGACAGUAUUUUACCUCGGAGACAACGAUCUGACCAUCAAGAAAGGAGAAGAGGUGGACGGUGUCAUCAGCAUGACUCCAAACAAAAUGAACAAUAGGGACUUGGACUUCAAAAUCAGUCUUGACUUCAAGGGAGAGCUGUCUGAGGCGUCGUGUAGCCUGAACUACAAGAUGAGGUAGAAGAGUCGGGGGAGAGAUUCCGGCACCUAGGCCAGGGGGUUGAGCACUGAGUUCCUGUCGUCUGCUGAUGGUGUUUUUACUUAGGUUAAAUGAUGUGCUCCCGAUAGGAAUUUUUUUUUUUUUUUUUUUUUUUUUGGACGGGUUCGAAAGUUUGCCUGCAUGCUGUGACCUCAUUUGGCAUGGGAGGCCCUCGGAGUACUUUACUAUUUUGACUGUAGACGUUCGGUCAAAGCUUAGAUUGUGUGACUCGUUCUUGUUCACCCUGUCUCUCUCUCUUUGUGGAAUUAGGUCACAGCGUGCAAUUGGAACUUUUUUCGCCUCGAGGGAAACGGCUUCUUGUGCUGACAGGGUUUAUGGGAAGAGACCCUAGCAGUAUGCCGUGUGCGAUGGGGGGGGAGUGUAGAGAGCUGAGUUCAGUUGUAAAGCCUUGUCAUGUGUUCUUAGAUGCUGGUCGAGUGUUACAGCCACUUUUCAUGCUGCUGUUUCGUUUGUUUGUUGAUAUAUAUUUUUUUUAGAAAUCUGUUUUGUUUUUCUGUGCGCUCAGGUGUAUCAAAUAUGCCUCUAUAGAACAUCUUGCAGUGUUGUUUGCCUGGUCUUUUUUUUUGUUUUUCUUUUUUUCUUUUUCAGCCAUGUGAACCAUCUCGUGUUUAAUAUCAAUUUUCUUACCGUUACUUGGACUGGAAUUGAAGACUUGUCGUUUUAUUGCCUAUUUUGUGAAAUUCGAAAAUCAAAACAUUUCCUGGCCAUGAAUCGUUCUCUCCAGUUGGUUAAAUAAAAUAUCUCCUGACCUCAGCCCAUUUUUACUUUUAAGAUUGCGACAACUGUUGGAUUGUCUGUAAUGGGAAUUAAGCUAUAAAGAGUGAAAAUGAGCUACUUUCCCCUCAGAUUCGAUGUUUGGAUUUGGAAGGGGAGGGGGUGCCUGGUAGGUCCUGCUUUUCCUUUUCUCUGUUGCUUCUGUCUGUCUGCCUGCCUAUCUUGCUUUUUCCCUGCACUCAGUGUCUGUUUUCAUGUCGAUGUGUAUCUUUUCACUCAUAUGAACCUCAUAACUGCUAGAUUUCUGCCUUUUUUUCUUUUUGCACUGCAUGAUGUUUGAGAAUUUUGGGAAUAUGCAUUUUUAAUAAUGUUCUGUUGUUAGCAGAGAAGUUUCACACUUCUUCUUACUUGUUGGAAAUGAAAUUUGAGUCUUAUCAGUGAUUGAGUUAUUAAGCCAUGAGAAGGUUUUUUUGUUUUUUAUUUUUUAAUUAACCGGGAUGGGAGGGAGAGGGAGGGAUAUGAAUGAGGUGUAUGGUACAGCAGAAGGAAAACGCAUUUAAGGUAGCCUACAUUUUGAGAGUUCUUUGUUUUAGCUAAUUUGUUUAACUUUCAUUUUAUUACUUUAAAGUUCUUGCUCUUAUCCUAAUGCAUAGAUCUUAACGUGCAGAAAAGGGAAAGGGAAUAUGGGGCAUCACCACCUGCUUGCUGGAAUUUCUGUUUGACAUGAAGGGGCUACUGUUAUGUUGGGCUGCAGUGCAGAUUAUUGUGGUUCCAAGUUCCCAUUAAGGCAUUCUUAAACUUACUAGUCUGGGGUGUUCUCAAGUUUUUUUGGUUAAAAAAAAAAUUUUUUUUAAAAUAAUAUUCCACGGAGAUGGAAGUGAUUAAAUUUGAGGUCUGAUCUCUUUGGAGACCUUGCAGUAUUGAAUGGGCUUUAGUGUUAAACCUAUACCAGGCAUCACAUGAAAGGAAGAAAGUAGCGGCGCAUUUUCUCCACUCAUUAUCUACAUUUCUACAUUUUGUAUGGCUGAAGCUGACUGUUGGGAAAUGGCUCUCUAGCUACUGGAACCUCUUUGCCAAGGUAUAAUCGUUCCCCUUGCUCUCUGAGGGCUUGAGACUGGAGUUUGUGGUGUUGCGGUUUACUUCAACGCUGUCCCAUGCAGGAGAUCUGAAUUCAAUUCCCGAGCAGGGAGAAUUUUUAUGAGUGUUUCGGUCUUUCUGCUGGGAUGUUGUAGUCCUCCCUGACAUGCAGGGUAGGAAGCCUGCCUCCUAAAUGAUCUAAAUUGUGUUAAUAGGGCCAUAAAAAAGCCCCUUAAUUAUGAGGAAGACAAAAUUUAGAGGGCUUGUGGAAAACAGUUGGCUACUUUUCCAUAUAUGUGCAUUGUGGAUGUGGGUUCCAAUGUAUUGCUAUGUUGGAGCACUUUUGAUCAUGCAUUUGAGUAGAACGCGGGCUCAGUGGACUUUUGGUCGAGUCGAUCUCGUCACAAUUGUUUCGGCUCAGUUUUUGGAUUUUCUUAAAUUAAUAUCAGAAAAUUUACCCAGAGGGUAAUUUAGGAAUCGGUGCUUUUAGGUGUUGGACGGGGUUGUAUUAAUGGGUUAUUGAUUUUAGACAAUGCGGAUCAGCAGAUAUCAUUCACCGUUGUUCGUUUGUUUUUUGUCUUUUUUAACUGUGCUUUCUUGGAUCUUGUUUAUGCACAUGUUACAUGAUUGUAAAGUGGAAAAAUGCUCAUUUUUUUGUUUAUUGCCAUGUUCAUUUGCAUAUACAUCAUCAUUAAAAGUUUGUAUUCAUUUUUA